AUGUCGCGCCUCGGGAAGGCCGUGCUCCCCUGCUUGGUGCUGUUCGCCGCAUGGCUCCUCUGCUGGACCCUCCUCGCCGACACGGUAGGCCGCGACGCGUCCGGGAACGCGUCGGGCCUGAACCUCGCCAGGGAGGUCGGCGUCCGGGAAGCGGCCGGCAACUUCGUCGUCUCGCCGCUGUCGAUCCACGCGGCGCUCGCGAUGGUGACCGCGGGCGCGCGGGGCGAGACGCGCAGGGAGCUCCUGGAGCUCCUCGGGUCAGCUUCGCUCGACGAUCUGCACAGCGCGCCGGCGAUCAAGCUUGUCGGCAGGCUCAACGGCCUCAAUCAGACGUCCUUCGCCUCCGGCGUGUGGGUCGACCAGAGGCAGGCGCUCAGGCCAGAGUUCGUGGCCACCGGCGCGUCCCGGUACGUCGCGACGGCGGAAUCCGUCGACUUCGUGUCGGCGGCCGAGCUGGCGAGGCAGCGCGUGAACUCCUUCGUGGCGGACAAGACGAACCAGCGCAUCCAUGACGUCCUCCCUCCCGGCUCCGUCGACUCGUCCACGUCCGUCGUCCUCGCCAACGCGCUCUACUUCAAAGGAGCGUGGCGUCGACCGUUCGACGUCUUCACCGCGCCGUUCCAUGUCCCUGGCGGCACCACCGUGCGCGUGCCGUCCAUGACGACAGUCGGGUCACAGCACAUCGCGCUCUACCCAGGAUUCAGGGCCCUCAAGCUGCCCUACAGGAACGACGGCAACAGCUUCCAGCGUCAAGCUGCUGCCUUAUACAUGCUCAUCCUUCUCCCGGACAGCGCCACUCUCAGCCUCACCGAUCUCUACGACAAGGUGGUGUCGUCGCCGGAGUUCAUCAGGGAGCACACGCCAGAAGAGGAGGUUGAAGUAGGGCGGUUCAUGGUCCCCAAGUUCAAGUUCACGACGGAGUUUGAGGCGUCAUCGGACAUGCAGAAGCUUGGUGCCACAAGGGCUUUCUCGGACGGUGACUUCUCAGGUAUGUUGAGCGGUGAAGAUGGGCGGCUCUCCAUCGGCGGGGUGUACCAUAAGGCCACCAUCGAGGUGGACGAGCAAGGCACCGUGGCCGCUGCUGCCACGGCCAUUAGCAUUUGCGGUAGCGCGCUUGGAAGCGAACCACCGCAUCAUGUGGAUUUUGUGGCGGAUCGGCCCUUCUUGUUUGCCGUGGUUGAGGAGAUGACAGGCACAACGAUGUUCCUUGGUCAUGUGGUUAAUCCUCUCGCUAGUUGAGUAAAAUGUGGUUGUUGAAUACUGUAGUACAGUAGUAAGUAAGAAAAGUAAGGUUAUUGCUUGCUCUUUGCUUAAGAGCUCGAAACA